CCACCCAGGCCUCUCUCCUUUCCGGGUCGGGUACCCGCCCUCCCGGCCCUGCUGCCGGGGGUUGUAGUCGGGCGCCGUCGGUCCAGGACUACUGCUCCCAGAGAGCAGCCGGGCGGGCUCUGUCAGGUGGCGUCCAACAUGGCUUCGCCGUGCCUGCCGGCGCCCGUGGCCGUAUGGGGCUGCUGAGCGCUUUCGGGGCGGUGGCGGCGGCGGCGGCAGUGGCGGCACCGGCACCGGCACCGGCACCAUCAUGCAGAAGAUCAAGUCGCUGAUGACCCGACAGGGUCUAAAAAGUACUCAGGAGAGUGUUCAUGACCUCAGUCCUAUUGAGAGCUUUCGGAUUCCUACCAAGCUUCGUUUUCAAAAUUGCAGAUUCCUGUCACUCUCUGAGCAUCCAGUUUCAAACUGUCUUUUUUGCUGAGUUGGCUAUCCAGGAGGAGCUCAGAGAACUACAUGAAGAACCAACUGAUCCUCAAGCUCAGCAAGAAAUAAUUAACAGCAUUGAAGAAGUCUAUUUUUCCAGUGAUUCUUUUGAUAUUGUGAAGUAUGAGUUAGAGAGGCUUCCUCCAGUACUUAGUCUUCAAGAACUGGAACAGUACAGAGACAAAUUAAAACAACAGCAAGCUGCUGUAUCUAAGAAAGUUGCAGACUUGAUUCUUGAAAAACAGCCUGCAUAUGUUCAGGAACUUGAACGUGUUACAUCGUUGCAGACUGGCCUUCAGUUAGCAGCUGUUAUUUGCACAAAUGGAAGAAGACACCUGAAUAUAGCAAAGGAAGGCUUCACGCAAACUAGUUUGGGGCUUCUUGCAAAUCAAAGGAAACGACAACUGCUUAUUGGACUGCUAAAGUCUCUGAGAACGAUUAAAACACUGCAAAGAACUGACGUGCGUUUGAGCGAGAUGUUGGAGGAAGAGGACUAUCCAGGUGCUAUUCAGCUGUGCUUGGAAUGCCAGAAAGCUGCCAGCACUUUCAAACACUACAGUUGUAUAAGUGAGUUGAAUUCAAAACUGCAAGACACGUUGGAACAAAUAGAGGAACAACUGGAUGUAGCACUCUCUAAAAUAUGCAAGAACUUUGAUAUCAGUCAUUAUACAAAGGUUCAGCAGGCUUACAGACUGCUUGGAAAAACACAGACAGCAAUGGACCAGUUACAUAUGCACUUCACUCAAGCCAUUCACAACACUGUGUUUCAAGUAGUCCUUGGAUAUGUGGAACUGUGUGCAGGAAACACAGACACCAAAUUUCAGAAGUUACAAUACAAAGACCUCUGUACACAUAUUACAUCAGACAGCUACAUUCCAUGCCUUGCUGAUCUCUGCAAAGCCCUAUGGGAAGUCAUGCUCAGUUACUACUGUACGAUGCAGUGGCAUGAGAAUCAUGACCAAGAUGAGGCAGCAGCUGUGUCUUCUGUUUCAGAUGGCAGCAAUGUGAUUGGAAGUGAAGAGAACAGUUUUGACCGCAACUAUGUAAAAAAGAAAUUGGAACAUGGGCUUUCACGAAUAUGGCAGGAUGUUCAACUGAAAGUGAAAACAUACCUUCUGGGAACAGAUUUGUCUAACUUCAAAUAUGAUGACUUCAUAUUUGUACUUGAUGUUAUCAGCAGGCUAAUGCAAGUUGGAGAAGAGUUUUGUGGCAGUAAGUCUGAAGUUUUACAAGAAUCUAUCAGAAAACAAAGUGUUAACUAUUUCAAAUCAUACCACAGAACCCGACUUGAAGAAUUAAGAAUGUUUUUGGAGAAUGAGACCUGGGAACUUUGUCCUGUUAAGUCAAGCUUUAAUAUUCUGCAGCUUCAUGAAUUUAAGUUCAUGGAGCAGUCACGUUCCCCAUCUGUGUCACCUAGUAAGCAGCCUGCUUCAGCAAUUUCAACAGCAGUGACGUUAUUUGAGCAGUAUUGUAACGGAGGAAACCCAUUUGAAAUUCAAGCUGACAGCAAAGAUGAUGAGACAGAAGACGUGUUAGCUUCCAAUGGGUAUGAAUCAGAUGAACAAGAAAAAAGUGCAUAUCAAGAGUAUGAUAGUGACAGUGAUGUUCCUGAAGAGUUGAAAAGAGAUUAUGUGGAUGAGCAGACAGGAGAUGCUCCUGUGAAGAGUGUUUCUCGAGAAACUUUGAAGAGCAAAAAGAGAUCGGAUUAUAACCUCUAUAAAGUGAAUGCACCUAUCCUAACAAACACUACGUUGAAUGUAAUAAGGCUUGUUGGGAAAUACAUGCAGAUGAUGAAUAUUCUGAAACCAAUUGCAUUUGAUGUGAUCCACUUCAUGUCCCAGCUCUUCGAUUACUAUUUGUAUGCAGUUUAUACGUUUUUUGGCCGAAAUGACACGUUUGAAUCAACAGGACUAGGCCUCAGUAGCAGCAGAUUACGCACCACACUGAACAGAAUCCAAGAGAGUCUGAUUGAUCUGGAGAUCUCUGCUGACCCUACAGGAGCUCUCACAGCUGCUGAAGAGAGAAAGGAGAAGGUGCCAAGCCCACAUCUCAGUCAUCUUGUAGUUUUGACAUCUGGCAAUUCACUAUAUGGUUUGGCAGAGAGAGUGGUGGCCACGGAAUCCUUGGUAUUUCUGGCUGAGCAGUUUGAGUUUCUCCAGCCUCAUCUUGAUGCAGUGAUGCCAGCUGCCAAGAAGCCUUUUCUUCAGCAGUUCUAUUCUCAGACAGUGUCAACUGCCAGUGAACUGCGUAAACCAGUUUAUUGGGUUGUUGCUGCCAAAGCUAUCGAUUAUGAACAAAUGCUGCUUCUCAUGGCUAAUGUGAAAUGGGAUGUGAAGGAAAUCAUGUCACAACACAAUAUAUAUGUGGAUGCUCUUUUAAAGGAAUUUGAAGAAUUUAACAGAAAACUGAAUGAGGUAUCAAAGCGAGUCCGUAUUCCACUACCAGUCUCCAACAUCCUUUGGGAGCACUGCAUACGCUUGGCCAAUAGAACUCUUGUGGAAGGUUAUGCCAAUGUAAAGAAGUGCAGCAAUGAAGGACGUGCCUUGAUGCAACUGGACUUUCAACAAUUCUUAAUGAAAUUAGAAAAGUUAACAGACAUUAGACCUAUACCAGAUAAAGAAUUUGUUGAGACCUACAUUAAAGCAUACUACCUAACAGAAAAUGAUAUGGAAGGCUGGAUAAAAGAGCAUAGGGAAUAUUCCACUAAGCAGUUGACCAAUCUGGUGAAUGUUUGUCUGGGCUCCCACAUCAACAAAAAGGCAAGACAGAAGCUGCUAGCUGCUAUUGAUGACACAGACAGGCCUAAAAGAUAACUGGACAAAUCUUUUUUCCUUUUGACCCCAUCUUUCUAUUCAUGUGAGGCACGCAAGCACACCUCUCAUGGACUAGUGACGAGAUUCUCUUAAAGAGCAUUGUUCAUGACCUUUGUUACCAGCAUUGGAGACCCUCUGAAGUUGCAUAAUGUUCUAAAAUACAACUCUUCUAAUCUGUAGAAUUCUUUUCUGUUGUAUUUCUUCCUCUUUUUUUUUUUUUUUUUGGUUACUUGCCCUUAGUAAAGGGCUACUGUUUGUGUAUCAUUGGUUAGGUGUGUAUAUUUUGCAAAACUGUAUACUGUAAGUAGAAUCAAAAUUAGAAACACAUUGGCUUAAUAUAUACUUGAUGCUCUUUUUUAAUAAAAGGGCUACUUGAUUUCUUUCCACCCUCAGAAACUGAGCUUUAUUAUGGACCAGUGUAAAAUGAAAAGACAUGUACCAUAUUUAAUGGAUGUUCUUGCAUGUGUAUUAAGAGCGCAGAUCAACUAAAUAUCCUCAUGUUAAAGCCUCUCAUCUUUGUAUGUAUUCAAAAAUGUCUAUUUCAAUCGUAUCAAUAUUAUUGACUUCAGAUUAAUAGAAGAUAAUAAAUAUUGUACACUAAUAUGAUUUCUUGGUGGGACUUUAUUUUCCUAAUUCAAAAAUGCAAAAUGUCAUUUGCAAUAGAAAUUAGUACUGUUCCUUUCAGAUCACUUCCCUUUUAUCCCUCUGCUAGUCUUUGAAACAUUAAUGUCAGGAAAUAGGAAUAAUGGGGUAUUGGCUUAAGUUUUAGAUUGAUAUUAAAUUAAUCUUACUAUUUGCUGCUCUACUGUAGUCACCCUGAGUGAUCUGGUACAAAACAAAAUUGCUUGACUCUGUAUUUGUCCUAGAAGUCGAUUUCUCAGAGCAUCAUCAACUCCACUAAAAUUUCCACAUUUGCCUGUGGUUUUCAUAGGUAGAGUUUUACAUUUUUGAAGAAAAUUAUUAUUGCAUAAUGAACUUUUUGCAGUGCUCUCAGAUUUGUAAAAGGAAGUGUGCUGGCAUUGAGCUAAUAGGUAAAAUAGUUUCCACUCCACUAAUGGAUACAACGUGGUAAAUUUUCAGGUUUGGUUUUCUACUUGCCGUUGUACUUUUAAUUCACACAUAGGAGAGUCAGGACUUGGUGACCUGUAGCAGUACCUAGUAACAGAAAAUUGCCCCAAGGAAUCAUUAACGGCUCUUUCAUGUAGCUUAAUUUUCUCUUCAGAAGUGUAGUGAGCAUCAUUGUGAAAGCUUGUAUACAGUUUCAGGGGAAUGAUAGCAUUUAAACAUUUACUGUGUAGUUUUCGGCUUCCUUGU